AUGGCCUUUUGGAGCAAUAACAAACCUCAUGUAAUACUCCUUGGCCUCCUGUCUCUCCUCCUCCUUCAACCUCUUACAACCACCACCUUUUUCGCCGAUGCCAUUCGCGUCAACCUUAACCCGGCGCCUCCUUCCGACAUGCUUGCCUUCAGGGAGGCGCCCGCGUUUCGCAAUGGCAACGAAUGCAGCUCGGAUAAGAAAGAUAGCAUUCAUAUAGUCAUGCCUCUUGACGUGAACUACAUCCGUGGCACGAUCGCGGCGAUUCUGUCCAUAUUGCAGCAUUCGACCUGCCCGGAGAACGUUUCUUUCCAUUUUCUUUCCCUUAAUCUUGAACCUGAAAUCUUCUCGUUGAUCAAAUCUACCUUCCCUUACCUUACAUUUCGAAUCUAUCGCUUCGAUUCUAAUCGAGUUCGUGGGAAAAUCUCCAAGUCUAUUCGACAAGCCUUGGAUCAACCUUUGAAUUAUGCAAGAAUUUACUUAUGUGACAUUCUUCCUCCGGAUGUUGGACGUGUAAUCUACCUAGACUCAGAUAUCAUUGUUGUAGAUGAUAUUGGGAAGCUAUGGGGUGUGGAAUUGGGAGACAAGGUAUUAGCUGCACCUGAAUAUUGCCAUGCAAAUUUUACAACCUAUUUUACAGACUCAUUUUGGUCAGAUGUUAAUCUAUCAAGAACUUUUGAAGGAAGGCGACCUUGCUAUUUCAACACAGGUGUGAUGGUGGUGGAUGUCGAUAAAUGGCGAAAAGGGGGAUACACACAGAAAGUUGAGGAAUGGAUGCUGAUUCAGAAACAAAGGAAAAUUUACCAUUUGGGAUCUUUGCCUCCGAUUUUGCUCAUUCUUGCUGGCAACAUCAAGCCGGUCGACCACAGAUGGAAUCAACAUGGUUUAGGUGGUGAUAACCUUGAAGGCAAAUGCAGAAGCCUUCACCCAGGUCCCAUUAGCCUGCUUCAUUGGAGCGGGAAAGGGAAACCAUGGUUGAGAUUGGAUUCCAGGAGACCUUGCAACGUCGACUAUUUAUGGGCUCCAUAUGAUCUCUACCGCUCAUCCAGAGUUGCAUUAGAAGAGUGA